AUGUAUAAUGUACUUUCUGAUGUUAUUCUUGUUGUACUGAAACUUUGGGAUAUAGAGGUUCUUUCUUCAAUGGAGGAUGCUAAUAAUACCUUUCUAUCAUCAAAGAAAACGGGUGCUGAACGGGAGCUCAGCCGAGACACCCCUCUCCACGACGAGGUUAAUCCGAAAGCCGCAUACUCUUUGGCUGAUCCUGAAGAGCAUCCUAGUUUGAAGAUUGGCAUGAUGCACUUGCUGUUGAAUCUAAAGAUGCAGAAACAAGGUGAUUUCAUGGCGGAGCUUUCUGAAUUAAAAUGA